AAGAGAAAGAGCAGAGAGAGUGAGAAGGAGACAGAGGAGAAGAAGACAAGACAGAGAGGGAGGGGGGAGAGAGUAAGACCGAGGCGAAGGAAGGAGAUUUACUCCAAGCAGAAGAACUUGUGAGAGAAGAAACCAGAGACCAGAGGAGAGGUAGAGGGGGAGGGAGUUAGAGAAGAAAAUCCCAGUGAGCUGGUGCCCCUCCAAAAAUUAAGGACACAUCGGGCCUUUUAUUUUAGGAAUGAAUGCUGAUCCAUGUUUGUCUUAUUGUGAAGCCACUGCCAUGGAUUGUUACUACAGCCCGACCACAGGCAGGGAGCCGCAGAGUUCUCCUUUUAGGGCAUUCCAGCCCAGUGAUAAGUUUAGUCCUGCUUUCCUGGCCAGCAAAGGACAAGGCUUUGGAGACAAGUCCCGGGGCUCCUUCCAACAGGACUGCCAGUCUAUGGAUGGCAGCACCAGCGAGCAGCAGCAGCAGCAGCAGCAGCAGGGCUCCUUCACCAAGUACCAGUCUCACCACAGUCAGCCCCAACAGCAGCCUCACAUCUACAUGCAGAACAGCUCCUGCAAGUCUCCUGCAGACAGCCUGAAGCUGCAAGACAGUCCUGGAGACCCCCUCAUUCCUUGCUACGGAAAAGAGACUUCUCUAACGCCAAAUAGUGAACCCCCAGGAAUGGACGGUGGAUAUCUGAAUAAGGAAGGUUCAGGAAAGGGCUCCCAGGACCGAGGAAGCAAUGACCUUCCUAUGGAUAAAGGCGAAUCGGAGAGCAACAAAGGAAAGAAGAGGAGGAACAGGACCACGUUUACAAGUUACCAGCUGGAGGAGCUGGAGAAAGUCUUCCAGAAGACGCACUAUCCAGAUGUUUACGCCCGGGAACAGCUGGCCAUGAGGACUGACUUAACUGAAGCCAGAGUGCAGGUUUGGUUCCAGAACCGGAGGGCGAAGUGGAGGAAAAGAGAGAGGUUCGGACAAAUGCAGCAAGUGCGAACUCACUUCUCCUCAGCCUAUGAGCUGCCACUACUGACAAGAGCCGAAAACUAUGCCCAGAUCCAGAACCCGUCUUGGAUUGGGAAUAACAAUGGUGGUUCUCCGGUACCGGCCUGCGUGGUGCCAUGCGACACCAUCUCCUCCUGCAUGUCCCCCCACACCCAUCCACACUCCGCCGGGGGAGUGUCAGAGUUCCUCAGCGUUCCGGGCCCCGGCUCUCACGUGGGUCAAGCGCACACGAGCGGGCUCUUCAGCAGCGCGGGCAUGGGACCCGGAAUAAAUGGUUACGACUUGAACGUUGAACCCGACCGUAAGAGUUCCAGCAUCGCAGCACUCAGGAUGAAAGCCAAAGAACACAGCGCGGCAAUGUCGUGGGCCACAUGACAGCGCAGCCAAAACAUACUGACGCUCCAGCCGCCCUGUGGCGCAGACCCACGCUCUAUAAUGGGGAUGCCUGCAAAUUACCUUCCCAUGGACUAAACGCUCACCAUCUACGAGGCGCCGACUUCAGAGGAAAUGCCGGGAGCUCUACAAUUCAGGGAUAUUUUACCUUCAUGGGGGAUUGACCCAGCAAAGCAUCGCGGCUUCCGAUACCUGUCAAGACUGCGCCCGUCCCCUUCUAUGGUGGAGCCUUCUGCCAGGGCGCGUGUGUGUGUGUGUGUGUGUGUGUGUGUGGGGGGGGUGCUUGGACUCUGCCUGGGCCGCUAUGAUGUUCAGGCAGAGCUGCCUGGUGCCUUAAGGUUUUAUAAUGUCCUGAGGAACCUAAUGAAAAAGGUUUAGCUGCCAAUUUACACAGAAGCUUAUGGUGAUUUCGGGUUAGAACAAUUGGAUAUCAGAUUGCUUUGCUGAGUUUAUUUUUACUUUUAGCUCCUUUUUUUUCGUUGUAUUUCUUAGCCAUGAGUGGGUUAGGUGUGUACAUGGGGGGCAGGGCUCUCCCAGCCAAAUGCAAAAGAGGACCCCCUUCCUAAUGCAGAUCACAAAGGAGGGCCCAGCGCUCUUCUAUAUCCUAUGUAGGUUGGCCAUUGUCCAUGGGGAGGGGGUCAUCCUGAAGAGUUUGGGGCCACUAUAACUACAGGAUGCAUAGCAGCUGCUACAGACAUGGAAGAGGGCCAGAGUCGAGGGAUUCGAUUAGGCUUUGCUAAACUUUUUUAUUUUUAUUUUUUACCGUGGAGGGGCCUAAAAAACAAAGAGGGGCUAAAAAUUCCUCUUCAUUCAAAGUCUUGGUCCAGUUCCACUUGCCCUUGUUAGCAGUGUCCCCUACACUGCCCAUGGGGAAUGGGAUAACCUACUGGGGCCCCUUAAUGCAUGGGUCCUAUGCUAGCUACAGGAUGUGUCCCUAUGCUACCUGUCGCAACUAGCACAUAUGGUGAACCAUGGCGCGACUGGCAGCCCUCCGCCCUUGUUCUUUUACGACCCUUGGGCCAGUUUCCCUCUAGAAACCUUUCUCUAAAGAGGGGGCCCUGAAUAAAAGGUACACCGUCCAUGAGAAGUGUAUAGGAAGGCCACCCCACCCUAUACUGGGGCCUCUUAAUUUAUGGGCGCCAUAGUAGCUUCAUCUUUGCUAACGUGCCAUUGGUUGCAACUACCACACCCCGUAUUAUUCCAUGGUAAACUAUGGAGGGUCCAGCGCUCCUCUCCACAUCUCUCCUCUACAGUGUCCAAUGGGCAUGGGGCCCCCUUAUCAAUGAGCUGCCUCUAUACUACCUAUGCUGUUGGUGGUAGUGAACCAUAGAAGAUUCCCAAGUUAAAGCGAUUGUCUCACUUCCGCAAAUGUCAUUUAUCAUGUAGAGAAUGUUAAUACGAGGCACUUACUAAUGUAUUGUGAUUCUCAAUAUUGCCUCCUUUGCUGGCCGGAUUCAUUUUUCCAUCACAUUAUAGACGGCUCGUUCGUUUCCAUGGUUCCAACCAGCAGUGGUGGUUGUGCUUGCACGCGAUAGGAAGAAGCACCAGGUGGCUGGGCUCUGUUGGAGCGGGCAUAGGCUCGCAUGCGCAGCAGCUCUCGUCCCGUCUCCUCGUAUCUGCGCUGCAGCAGUGGCCACAACCUCUGGAAACGAGAAGUGUAUAAUGUGAUGGACAAAUGAAGCAAGUCGGGAAAGGAGGCAAUAUGGACAAUCACAAUACAUUAGUAAGUGCCUGGUAUUCACUUUCUCUAUACGAUAAAUGCAGUUUGUUGAAGUCAGACGACCCCUGGAGCCAGGAUUAGUCACAAUUUGAAAGGCAUAAGGUGCUUAAAGUUAUAAUAGUCACUUGAAUUCCCAUGAAUGUCUGAAGCAGCACAGGCCGGAGGGUCACAGGAGGGUCCUGUCCCACCAAAAACGAUCCAACAUAUUGUAAUUAUUGCACACACAUGAGAAUAUUAAAUUAAUUUGUCAUGGUUGCUUUGUAGCGUCGCUGAAUCCUUUUCUCUGAGGGGCUCCCCGCUGCGCCUCUCAAUAGAUGUACUAAUAGGGCUGCCAAAUCGGCCAUUUAGAACUGGAACAUAUGAAUUACACAUGCCGGGCGGAUACAAUGUAACCAGAGGGGUGCGCAUCUUAUAUGUAUCCAGUUCCUGUAACAUUUGCCUAUUUAUUUGUAAAUACUAAUAUAGCCAUACAUAUUUAUUUUUUUUACACAACCAGAAAAUUUGAGUAAACUAGGUUCCUUUAAAAAUAAAUCCAAUUUUAUUGAACAUGAUUAAUAUACACUAAUAACUACAGGGAAUCAAAGUAAUAUGCCACAUAUCAAUGCAUCAUGAUUAAAUAUCCAAAAUAUAUGAUUAAUGCCAUAACGAAAUGCCCCAUUAGCUAUCUCACAUGAAGGUACGCCUCAGGAUCGAUGAAUACUGCAUGAACACAACCACAUAAAGAGUAAAGACCACCUAUAAACUGGUGCAAUAGUCACCUUCACCCUACGCUAUAUAGCAAUUGAAAACAUUCCCAGAAGAGAACUAAAUAAAGUGCUCAUCUGAA